AGGGAGGAGUACCUAUUGGUAGAUGUGGUGUUAGCAAUGUUUGUUGUGUUUUUCCGAGAACUUGUGGAGGAAUGGCUGCUCAAAACUCAACAUAUUUUACAAAUCCAGGCUUUCCCUCAUCGUAUAACAACACUAACACCUGUACACUAACUAUUCAUAGAGUUCCCGGGGUUAAUAAAAUUUGCCAAAUUAGACUUGAUUUUAUGGACUUUGAAUUGAUUCAGCCAAAUGAAGGUAACUGUGAUAAGGACCAGUUUAUUGUUAGCGGUCAUAAUCUCAAUUCACCAGCUCCUACGAUAUGUGGCUUUAAUAGUGGACAGCAUAUGUAUCUCGAUGUCGAUGGAGUUCAGGGACCACUUAUAAUGAAUGUCCGAACCGAUGGUCCCGGAAACAGGCGCUGGAAUAUUCUGGUUUCACAAAUUGAAUGCACAAAUCCAUCGAGAGCUCCACCUAAUUGUCUGCAAUAUUUGAUGGGUCCGACUGGUGUUAUCAUGAGUUUUAAUUAUGAAGUUCUGCAACAAACAAAUAUCAAUGUAUUGAAUACAUUGAUUCCUACUGUUAGCACACAGUUGUCUGAUUGGAAUUAUAAGGGAAUCGGAUAUAUGAAUGAUUUGCAUUACAGUAUAUGCUUUAGAAAAGAGCAAUACUUCUGUACUCAAACAUACUCUUUGGACAACAUUUCACAUUUAUUGACACUCAAUGACCAGUCGUUUAGCAUAAACAAUACGGGCGUUAAAGAGAAAGAGGGAGAGAUAGGGCUGACCAAGUGCUCAGAAGACUAUAUUUUGCUGAAUGGCAUUCGCUAUUGUGGUUAUCGAUUGACCUCUUUGGGUGACAAUAAAGAAAUUAACGGUCAAAUCACAGAUGACGGUUCGGGUCCUUUUAUCGUUAAAUUUAUUACGGAUAACAAAAUAAGUGGUCGAGGAUUUAAAUUAAAUUACAGACAAAAUCCAUGCAUUAAUGCAUUACAAAUACCACAGACAUCUCAUAGACCACAUACUCCUAAUAAUACAUAA